AUGAGUCUGACAAUGGAAUGGGAUGAACCCGAGACGGAGGUGGUACCACUGGACUUGACCAUGAAGAAGGAGGAGAACUAUGCCAUCUCAGAUUUGGAGGCGGAAAUCGAUGUACCAGGGAAAUUGACGGAGGGCACGCCAUUUCCGAAGUCAAGCUCUGAGAACGACGUUCAAUCAACGCCACUGGACUUGAGCACCAGAAGAUCACCUUUGCAGCCACCGCCGCCGCCAUCACCGACGUCCGAGAACGUUGCUCAAAGUGCCACAGUGGUGGUACUGUCGCAAAUGGUGCAGGUCGGAUCGUCUCAGCCAUUGAAGCCGCAGCCGCCAAUGAUGGCCACGGAACACUUGGCACCACUGCAUGGAAUGUGCUCCGACGCUUCCGCUUCCUGGCACAAGGUCUCGUCGCCCGUAGCCGUCCCUGAGUACAGCACGUCUUCACCUGUUCUUCCAACGUCCACGGCCAAUCAGUUUCACCGAAACAACCAAAUGAAAGAGGCGCAACAUCUGCACAUGCAAUUCGAGCAACUGCAGCAUCAUCUCAAACUUCAGAACCAGCUCCAGUUGCAGCUCUAUCAUCUCUGCGACGAGCAGGAAAAGCUAAAGCUGCAGGUCGGUGGUGUCCCGCUGAACCCUACGUCACCGCCGUCCUCGUCCGUGUCCAACCACUUUCCGAGUCCAACCGCUGACGAUCAUCACCAGCAGCAGCAACAUCAGCAGGAUUUAGACCCAGACCACCACCCCCACAUCGAGGUGUGCGAGACGGACGACGUGGACGUCGUGAACCCCGAAGAGGUGGCAGCCAUAUACAGACAGUCAGAAUUCUUGUCUCUCCGCCAACGGUACAUGGAGAGCUUGAGGCCGCCGAGGAAUAGCCAUAAAAUGAGACGGUCCAGCAACAACAACAACAACAACAACAACAACAAAAACGACGACAGUCGCGGGUUGACGGCCGGGCAGCAGCAUAAUGACCAGACAUCCGUCAUGAAGCGGAAGAGGAAAAAUGAGGCGGCAAGACGGUCGUGGUACGCCAAGCGGCAGAAGUACCACGAGAACCAGGUCAGGGUCAUGUACCUGAAAAAGAAGGUUAGCGAGAUGAAGGAAAUCAAGAGCCGGCUGCUAAAGGAAUACGGUAAUAUACUUGCCGAGUAG